AACACAGCCCGUGAGGUUAAGCGUAUGGAUUCAAUUACAAGAUCACCCGUUUAUGCACAGUUUGGAGAGGCAUUGAAUGGAUUAUCAACUAUCCGUGCUUACAAAGCAUAUGAUCGGAUGGCUGAGAUCAACGGAAGAUCAAUGGACAACAACAUCAGAUUCACUCUUGUCAACAUGAGUGCUAACCGAUGGCUCGCAAUCCGUUUAGAAACUCUCGGUGGUCUUAUGAUUUGGCUGACAGCAUCGUUCGCUGUCCUGCAGAAUGGAAAAGCUGAGAACCAACAGGCAUUUGCAUCUACAAUGGGUUUGCUACUCAGUUACGCCUUGAAUAUCACCAGCUUGUUAACAGGUGUUCUGAGACUUGCGAGUUUGGCCGAGAAUAGUCUAAACGCUGUGGAGCGUGUUGGCAAUUAUAUAGAGAUUCCUUCAGAGGCUCCGCUUGUGAUUGAGAACAACCGUCCACCUCCAGGAUGGCCAUCAUCUGGAUCCAUUAAAUUUGAGGAUGUUGUUCUCCGUUACCGGCCUCAGUUACCACCAGUGCUGCAUGGUGUUUCUUUCUUUAUCCAUCCGACAGAUAAGGUUGGGAUCGUUGGAAGGACUGGCGCUGGGAAGUCAAGCCUGUUGAAUGCUUUGUUUAGAAUUGUGGAGCUGGAAAAAGGAAGGAUCUUAAUCGAUGAAUGUGACAUUGGCAAGUUUGGACUCAUGGACCUACGUAAAGUGCUUGGAAUCAUUCCACAGUCACCGGUUCUUUUCUCAGGAACUGUGAGAUUCAAUCUUGAUCCAUUUAGUGAACACAAUGAUGCUGAUCUUUGGGAAUCUCUGGAGAGGGCACACUUGAAAGAUACCAUCCGCAGAAAUCCUCUUGGUCUUGAUGCUGAGGUGUCUGAGGCAGGAGAGAACUUCAGUGUUGGACAGAGGCAGUUGUUGAGUCUUUCACGUGCGCUGUUGCGGAGAUCUAAGAUACUCGUUCUUGAUGAAGCCACUGCUGCUGUUGAUGUUAGAACUGAUGCCCUAAUCCAGAAGACUAUCCGAGAGGAGUUCAAGUCAUGCACCAUGCUCAUCAUCGCUCACCGUCUCAAUACCAUCAUUGACUGUGACAAAAUCAUCGUUCUUGAUUCUGGAAGAGUUCAAGAAUUCAGUACACCGGAGAACCUUCUUUCAAAUGAGAGAAGCUCUUUCUCCAAGAUGGUUCAAAGCACCGGAGCUGCAAAUGCUGAGUACUUGCGUAGUUUAGCACUUGACAACAAGCGUGACAGAGAUGGCUCGCAACACUUGCAAGGUCAAAGGAAAUGGCUGGCUUCUUCUCGAUGGGCCGCAGCCGCUCAGUUUGCUCUGGGUGUGAGUCUUACUACGUCGCACAACGAUCUUCAGAGCCUUGAGAUUGAAGAUGAUAGCAGCAUUUUGAAGAGAACAAACGACGCGGUUGUGACUCUGCGCAGUGUUCUCGAGGGGAAACACGACAAAGAGAUCGCAGAGUCGCUUGAGGAACAUAAUAUCUCUAGAGACGGUUGGUUGUCAUCACUCUAUAGAAUGGUAGAAGGGCUUGCGGUGAUGAGCAGAUUGGCGAGGAAUCGAAUGCAACAUCCAGAUUACAAUUUGGAAGGAAAUACGUUUGACUGGGACAAUGUCGAGAUGUAG